AUGAGUAAUUACGUUGAAAGAGUUACCUCCCAAACUAAUUCCCCACUGAUGAAUCGAACAUUUCAAGAAGAGAAUAAUAUGAUCCUUCUGGCUUCGCAUGAGCGAUCUCAAUACCUUGAACAGAUUCAACGGAUGGCACAGCCAAUGACAUCAGAGCAAGUAAAAGACUUGUUUCAAGGGAAAACAUUUAAUGACCGGCCGUUACCUAAACAAAAUCAACACGAAAACUUUUGGAUCAACGGGAACGUGGUAAUGAAUCAUAUAGCGUAA